AUGGCUGUGGUGGGUCGUAGAAAGAGAUUCCUGGGUUUCACAGAGGAGGAAUUGGUCGGGUAUUACCUGAAGAACAAGAUUCUGGGGAAGCUUUCCGACAGUGAAUCCAAGCGCAUCCCUGAACUUGACUUGUAUGGCACCGGCGAACUCCCGUCCGGUAGUGGUAGUAUUUCGGUCUUCCGGGACAUGAUCCAAGGCCGCUACUACCAAGGCGAUUUUCAAUGGAAAUUUGUGGACGAUGGUACCUCCCGGAAAUAUGUUCUUUACGUCUUCACGAAACUAAACCCAGAUAAUAAUAACAAUCGUCUGGUUGCUGGAUGUGGAAAUUGGCACCCAAGCUCUGAGAUUGAAGAGAUUGUCCAUGAUGAUUCUAUACCAGGCUACAAGAGAUCUUUCACCUUCACUUACGUAGACAAAACUCCGCCAUUAUUGCGAAAACCUACAUGGACUAUGAUCGAGUACUCCAUCAAUCCGGCUGUUCAUGGAAUCGGCAACGAUUAUGUUCUGUGUAAGUUAUUUAGGAGCAGUGGCUGCCCCAGCUCAAGUAACCCUAACAAUCCUCCAAUUCGGCGUGUUCCGGGUUGGUUCCCCACCAGGGAUGAUCAACGGCUCAUGGGUUUCUUUACUAAAUGUUCGGUCCAAGGUGAGGAAGGCUUGUUGGUGAUCGAUAACACUAGUUAUAGUAACUUCGCGAGUACGAGUUUUGUUGAAAAGUUGGGACUGUCGAUUACCCCGCUUAAUGAGACUCAGCAAUCUCUUCACCGGUCGCAUGGAGGGACUUGCUUUGAUAGAUGUGGAGUGAUCAAGGUGGAUGGGGUGCUUAUAUUUUUAAUAAUAUGUGUUUCUUCAGAUAACCAUGCAGUCUGGAUUAUUUUGGGCUAUUGUGAACUCUUUACCAACAUUUCUGAUUUGAUAUGGUUGCGGCCUUUUCUUUUACUUGUUUGCGAUGUUGUUCUUAAGGUCUGGAUGUUAAAGUCAUCUACAAUCCUGUUAUUUGCAAAUCCCUUUGCAAGCUUAUAUGAGAGUUAA